CCAACGCUGUUUACCAUCUGAGUGCUGAGAAAACUUUACACCUCACCGCGCCCAGGCACACAGAGUCAUGGUUUGCGCGCGCAAGACAUUCGCCAUGGAAUGAGUGACGAUCUGCGGUGUUUUGCCAUAUUAAACCUAUAAGCCAAGCCUGACGGCCAAUUGCAAGUACCUAGCAUACCGCUCCGCCUGGACCAGGACUCAAAUCUGCGGUUACCAUAACUCCCGACCUUGAUUCGAUCCAGACCACCCCCUCCAUCUCUAGAUAAGGGGGAACGGCAUCCACAAUUUCUUCGCUGGUUCCCACGAGGAAACCCUCCCUGAGAUGGACCUCGGAGUUCCCGAUAACUUAAAUUCUCACAUCCGGUCUCAUUCUGCUACUCUAACCGUCAAUCCGCAGGCAUCUUUCCGUAAUUACGCCAUAGCUCUGAAUGCACUCGCACGCAGUCUCCAUGCAGGCAUUCGUGAUGUGAAACCUGGGGAAUUGGUCACUGGAAGGAGGCGUCCAUUACCUGUUGAAAUCGUGUUAGAGAUUUUUGAGUGGGCAGAUAUCAGGGUGCAGGCUGUUGAGUUUCAUUCUGAUAGUUGGGUAUCGGCACACGCAUCCAAUGGUGAAGCCUCGAGGUCGAUCUGGUUCUCUGCGGGGCCAUUGGGACCAGAAUUGCUUCAGCAAAGGCUGAGCAUGCAGCUUGAGACGCUUUCUCAUGAUCAGGGAUGGGUGGGCGAUCCAUCGGCUGGAAGCUGGUCAGGGUUUGAGAUAGCAAUAACCACAAGAAACCCCACCAAUGGCCAACUACGAAUCCUACAAACGGAGGGCGAUAAUAUCCAGUUGCUGACCUGGAAAUCUCAUUGCAACACUAUAGAAACCCGUUUUCCUAUUCAUCACACUGGUAUCGAGUUUCGGCCAGACCAUGAAAUUUGCAGCCGUUCCAUUACUGUGUACGCAUUCGCACAAUACCCAGGGUGGUCUUGUUUUGCGGAAAGAGGGAUACUGAGAGUCAUGAAAACGUUCAUACCAACACACAUUCAUCCAACUGAUCCUUUUCAGGCGGACCUAACAACCCGCCAUGCUCCCCUUCCUCUCUGCGCGUUCCCUACAUAUCCGCGCCUUAUAAUGGAUGUAACUCGCCUCGCCAUUAGCCACGAUACCUAUCUCGUUUCUAAUUCGCCCUCCCAGCAUUGACCGGAAGAUACUA